GGCCCGCCUCAGGCUGGGCCUUUCGCGGCCCCUAGUCCGCCGUGGCCCGGACCUACCCGACCCGGCGCUCUCGCCGCUUCCCGCCUGCCUGUCCGCGCCCAGCCCCCGCCCUGCCGCUCUGCGUUCUCCCGCCCAGCCGUGGCUUCCCCUUUUCCUUCUCUUCGGCCGCCCUUUGCUCCUUCCCGCCUUUUCCCGCUCUUCUCCGGUCCCCAUCCUCGUUGGCCGCCCCUUCGGCUCGGCUCUGGUCUCCCUCUCUAGCGCCUUCGCCCUGCUCCUGCCUCUCGUUUGGCUCGAGGAGUCUGUUGGGAAGUAGUUUUCCAACUGGAAACCGGGCGGCCUCGACCCCGCGCACCCAGCCCACCCGGUCCUGACCAUUCAUUCGCCCGAUCCUGUUACCGGACCCAGGUUGUGGUUGAAGAGAAAUAACUGGGAGCCGUGCCGUAGUAGGAGUUGUGUGCAGAGAGUAUUAACAGGAACAUCUGUAGUAGUGUAAAAACUUUAACAAUGAAAUCUGAAGCCAAGGAUGGAGAGGAGGAGAGUCUACAAACUGCUUUCAAGAAAUUAAGAGUGGAUGCAUCAGGGUCUAUCGCAUCACUGUCUGUUGGAGAAGGUCCAAGUGUUAGAGCAUCAGUCAGAGCAGCAGUAGAUGAUGCCAAACCUAAAACCACAUGUCCAUCUAAAGACAGUUGGCAUGGGUCUACAAGGAAGUCUUCCCGAGGAGCAGUGAGAACCCAGCGUCGUCGACGUUCAAAGUCUCCUGUCCUUCAUCCUCCAAAAUUCAUACAUUGCAGUACCAUAGCAUCUCCUUCCAGCAGCCAACUCAAGCAUAAAAGCCAGACUGACACACCUGAUGGCAGCAGUGGGCUGGGAAUUUCAACCCCCAAAGAGUUCAGUGUGGGAGAAAGCUGUACUUCUCUUGAUGCUAAUUAUACAGGGGCAGUUGUUGAGCUUUUGAGAACUUCAGUUCCCAGGCUCCCAUCGGAGAUUAAGACCGACGACUCCUCUGGUGCUCCCCAAGUCUCUCAAGCAGCUCUCAAGGCCAAUGAUCUCUCUGACUUUCGAUCUGUUUCCAAGUUAAACCAGGGCAAGCAGUGCGCCUGUGUAGGCAAGGAGUGCCAGUGUAAGAGAUGGCAUGACAUGGAAGUGUAUUCCUUUUCAGGCCUGCAGAAUGUCCCUCCCCUGGUCCCAGAGCGAAUUUCCACACUAGAGGACUACUCUCAGUCGCUACACACAAGAACUCUCUCUGGCUCCCCCCGCUCCUGUUCUGAGCAAGCUCGAGUCUAUGUGGAUGAUGUGACCAUUGAGGACCUAUCAGGCUACAUGGAGUAUUACCUGUAUAUUCCCAAGAAAAUGUCUCACAUGGCAGAAAUGAUGUACACUUGAUAGCCAGAAGCUCAUUCGAGUGCUUCAAACCAAUGAAGGGUUGUCAAAGAGAUUUAGUGAAUGGCAGACUUUGUGGCCACUUUGUGAGAAGACAUCUCUUUCUGCUCACUGUGCUUGCAAUAAAAACUUUUCUUGGCAUCUUAAUUAAAUUCAUUCUUUAAAUUUACUUUCUGAGUUCUUUCAUACCCAGGCAAGCAGAUCAGAGAAAAUGCCUCUUAUCUGGAGUGUUCCUGGGGGAUGAAGGAACUGUUGCUGGAGACCGGAAGCAGUGGGUUUAUGGUGAAAAGCCUUUGUAAAGCAGCGGUUUUUCAGAUCUGUUUAAGGCUUGGUAGCCAAGGAAAAUCUAGUGUAAUUUUAUAACUGGAUCAAACAUUUGUCAUGUUGUAGUUGCCAGCUCAGAAUAUUAGAAGUUGUAGAACUGAUUUUGAGCCAUCACUGAUAUAAUGUGGGAUUUGUGUCUUUAAGGUUUUUUAUGUUGUCAAGUCAGAGAUCUGAGAUUUAGAUUCAGUUUGAAUAAAUGAGCUGGCCUCCCUGUAUUGUGUGAGUCACGAACCAUCACUAAAUAAACCCCUGCUGGUGCUACUCAUCCUGAGACAUGCUAUGUGAAGUUUCUCAAAACUGCGUCAGUUGGAAGGAGGAAGUAUAAUAUUUGAAAUUAUAUGUAUCUUGUUCCUUUCUGGCAUUUUUAUUUAAAGCCUAUUUUUUUGUGAUCACUUGUGUCAGUUUCAAAUACUGUGGAUGUUUAUUAAUAUUCUUUGAGCUGCACAACCUUAGAAGAGAAUAUUUUGCAUGCUGUAUCCUAAUGGUAUUUCUAGUCAGCCCUAAGUUCCUUCCAAGGUUUUGUUUUUUUCUUUUUCUUUUUUUUUUUUAACUAUGCUUGUUUCAGCUGGAGGAUGAGUUCUUACCCUUAGCUUUUUUAGGUUCUUGCAACAUGAAUGAUGUAUGUGCCACAUAAUUUAUAUUUUAAUUCAUACCAUCCUGAGCAUACCCACAAAAUUCAGUGAAAAUAUCUAGGUAUGGUAACAGGAUAGUGAUAGAAAAUUUGUUUUACUUAGAUGAGAGAGCAAGCCUUUACUGUCUGCUGAAGCAUCUCAGUGACUGCAUAGCCAUUCAUGGCUGUGCGAUCACAGGUGAUUUAUGCUUAGCACAGGUAGGAGGUGUGAAAGACCCUUGCUCGUUGCUUUUUUUUUUUUGU